AUGUUUUCAAUAAUAACACUUUUGUCACUAUAUUUAUCUUUUCAUAUUACUGUUGUCAAAUCAGAUGACACCGCAACUACCUCUGAAGAUGAUUCUCAGUCUUCUAGUACCGCCUCAGCUAGUGCAACGGCAACAAUUUCUACAAAAGAACAAGAGUUUAUGAAUAGGUUAGAAGGUACUUGGUCAUCUAAAUCACACCAAGUAUUUACAGGAUCUGGAUUUUAUGAUCCAGUAGAUGAGUUAAUUUUUGAACCAUCGCUACCAGGUAUAUCAUAUUCCUUCACAGCAGAUGGUCAUUUCGAACAAGCUUUAUAUAGGGUCACAAGUAAUCCAAAAAAACCAGCCUGUCCCAUUGCUGUUAUUACUUUCCAACAUGGAAGUUAUGAAGUUUUGGAUAAUGGUACUGUUAUAUUGAACCCUAUUGAGAUCGAUGGUAGGCAAUUAGUUAGUGAUCCAUGUAAUGAUAAUGGCACUUCAUCUUAUACAAGAUUCAACUCUACAACUGUUUUUAAAUGGUUCACUGUUGAACUAAACACAUACCAUGGUAUUCAAGAGUUACAAUUAUAUCAAUAUGACUGGUCUGCAUUACAACCCUUAUAUUUGGUUUAUAAACCACCUCUCAUGUUACCUACUAUAACUUUAAAUCCUGUUUCAGAAGGCACCCAGUCUGUAACAGUUAGCAGUAAGAAGAGGAAGAGAGACUCAUUUAUUGGGAAUAAUCUAAAUGUUAGAGAUAGAGUCAGGAGAUACUUGGAGAAUAAACACAAGACAAAUGCUAAAAAAUUAAUAAAUAAAAAUGAAUUGUUUGAUUCUAGUUAUUUAUGGUGGAUUGCUAGUUUAUGUAUAUGUAUUGGGUCUGUUUUAUUUUUGUCUGCAUAG